CUUCCAACCCCUUUUCCUUACGAUCCAUUUCAAGACUCCACACAGAAAAACGAAGAAUGUCGAGAUCAUCGAUCUGCUUCACUUUAGCAACCCUAACCCUCUUCUUCUUGUCGUUGGCCGUCGCUGAUGUCGUCGUACUAACCGAAGACAGCUUCGAGAAGGAAGUCGGUCAAGAUCGCGGCGCUCUCGUCGAGUUCUACGCUCCUUGGUGUGGCCACUGUAAAAAGCUUGCUCCUGAAUAUGAAAAACUUGGUGCAAGCUUCAAGAAAUCGAAAUCCGUUUUGAUUGGAAAGGUGGAUUGUGAUGAGCAUAAGGGUGUUUGUAGCAAAUACGGGGUUUCUGGUUACCCCACCAUCCAAUGGUUUCCCAAGGGAUCUUUGGAACCCAAAAAGUAUGAAGGCGCCCGCACUGCUAUAGCACUUAUUGAGUAUGUAAAUCUUGAAGGAGGGACCAAUGUAAAGAUAGCUGCAGUUCCCUCAAGUGUGGUGGUGCUAAAUUCUGAUAACUUUGAUGAUAUUGUACUGGAUGACAAAAAGGAUGUGUUGGUCGAGUUCUAUGCACCCUGGUGUGGGCAUUGCAAGAGCCUCGCUCCUACUUACGAAAGUGUUGCAGCUGCAUUCAAAAAUGAGGAAGAUGUAGUUAUUGCCAAUCUUGAUGCUGACAACCAUAAGGAUCUAGCUGAGAAGUAUGGUGUGAGUGGUUAUCCAACACUAAAAUUCUUCCCAAAGAAUAACAAAGGUGGUGAAGACUAUGAAGUGGGACGUGAUCUAGAUAGUUUCGUAAGCUUCAUCAACGAGAAGUGUGGUACUAGUCGUGAUGGGAAGGGGCAACUUACCUCCAAUGCUGGUUUAAUUGCAGAAUUGGAAAGCUUAGUGAAGGAGUUUGUAAGUGCUGGUAAUGACGAAAAGAAAGCACUAUAUGCUAAGAUCGAAGAGGAAGUUGGAAAGCUCACCGGUUCUUCUGCCAGAUAUGGCAAGAUAUACGUGAAGGCUGCCAAGAGUUGUCUAAGCAAAGGUGGUGAUUAUGCAAAGAACGAGAUCCAACGGCUAGAACGUAUUCUUGCUAAGUCGAUUAGCCCUUCAAAGGCGGACGAGUUCACCCUGAAGAAGAAUAUUUUAUCGGCUUUUGCAGCAUGAUAAGAUAAGAGAAGAGAAGAGGAAUAGUUUUUGGGGGUAUGUGGUAUCUUUUGCAUCCUGAGUUUACUUGCGUUGAUGCUAACUGUAGGGGAGGAGAGAAUGGCCAUUAGAAUUUAAACUUGGUAAAACUUUGAUAGUGUUACGUCGUUUUAUUGAUUAUUGGAACUGCUGUUUUAUUGUAUUGUUGUGCAUUGCAUGUCAUAAUAUGAUGCUGUCUCAAUCGUUAUUCGCAGACAUAAACUGGUAUUGUUUUAUUACAGGACAUAUAAACCUCAAAUGGAUUGAAUGAUGGCUUCUAUUUGUUUUUGUUGUUAUAGCUAUAUAUCGUUUGAGAGGACGCAUUUAGU